GGGGGAGCACAGAGAGAGAGAGCGGGAGGCUUCAGUGAUCACUAGAACCUGCGCUGCAGCGUACUUCACCCCCGGGGACGGGAACAUGCUGUGGAAAUUAGCUGACAAUGUCAAGUAUGAGGAAGAUUGCGAGGACCGACACGAUGGGACUAGCAAUGGAGCUCCCAGGCUGCCCCAGCUUGGAGCAGUUUCGCAGCACUUGUACACCGCGCCGCCUCUGUCUCACACUCCGAGUUCCGAGUUCCAGCCACCUUAUUUCCCUCCUCCGUACCAGCCCGUGGCGUACAGCCAGUCCUCGGAUCACUACUCCCACCUGAGCGACCCAUACUCGCUGAACCUCCUUCACCAGCAACAGCAAGCUGCCUCAGGCUGGCAGAGUCGACAGCAGCCGGAGAGCGGGCUCUCGCAGCACCAGCGGGUUGGCCUCGCUGCACAACUGUCGGCCCUGGAACCCAGGAGGGAGAUCCGGCGCCCGGACAUCCUCACCCCCGGCUCCCACCACAUGGACACAGGCCUGGCGGAGAACCUCAAUAUCCACGAGGUGGUACACAGCAUGGAGGAAGUGCAGCCUCCAGAGGAGCCCAGCUUGCUCCUACAGGAUCAUGGCGUUAUUAAGAAAGGGCCGAUAUCAAUGUCCAAAAGCGCAGCGUUGUCAGCACUAACCUACCAGAAGGACAGUUUGACUGGAGGCGUUACAAAUCCCAAUGAAGUGUUUUGUUCAGUUCCUGGUCGCCUCUCGCUCCUGAGUUCAACAUCAAAGUACAAGGUGACGGUGGCAGAAGUCCAGAGGCGCUUAUCUCCUCCUGAGUGUCUGAAUGCAUCCCUCCUUGGUGGAGUCCUGCGAAGGGCAAAGUCAAAAAAUGGGGGCAGGUCGUUACGUGAGAGAUUGGACAAAAUUGGUUUAAACCUACCAGCUGGGAGGCGAAAAGCUGCCAAUGUGACACUGUUGACGUCCCUGGUUGAAGGUGAAGCUGUACACCUGGCCCGUGACUUUGGUUAUGUGUGUGAGACGGAAUUCCCUGCUAAAGCAGCUGCGGAAUAUCUGACCCGGCAGCAUAUAGACCGCAGUGAGAUCAGCAGUCGGAAGAACAUGCUGCUCGCAGCCAAGCAAAUCUUCAAGGAGUUCACUGACAUGUUGACCCAGGACCGGUCUCCCUUGGGUAACGCGCGACCUGGUCCAAUCUUGGAGCCUGGCAUUCAGGGAUGUCUGACCCACUUCAGCCUCAUCACCCACGGCUUUGGCAGCCCUGCCAUCUGUGCUGCCAUGACCUCACUGCAGAAUUACUUGAACGAAGCAGUGAAGGCUCUGGACAAAAUGUACAUGACCACCAGCGGGGGCCAGAGUCACCAGGACAGCGGCAACAAGGACAAAGAUGAGAAGCACAGGAAGUGAACUGUUUGGCGGCAGCUGGUAGACUUUACCCCUCCCCUUAACUUUACGCCUGGGUCCCCCUCGGAAUACGGUCAGCACCCAGAGCAAGAUGGCACCCGACAGUCAGGAGAUCGCCCGUACCUCCCUGUGCAACGCAAAAUGCAAGACUGCACUAUUGCUCUGUGACCAACCGUUCUGCUUAAAAUGCCAAAUAUCAAACCUGUGGAAGUGGACACCCUUUGUCUCUGGGUUUUCUGUGUGACCCCUGGGCUGGUGGUCACAUUUGCCAGUGGAACAUCCUGAUUUCUGUGACAAUAUCAGAGGCAAUUAAGAGUAUCACCUUCCGAUAGCUCUCUCACACACUCAAAGGCCAACCAGUCAUUGCUUAGCCCCUCAGGGGGCUCCAACACUCCUUAACCAUACAAUGUUAGCACCAGGGUUUGUGCCAACAGCGGAUGGGUAUUCUGUUUCCAAUUUGCCAUUUGUGGGGCCUGGAACACUCCUCAAAGGAAAUGAAACCACAAAGACCAAUAGACUCGUGUAUCUAAGACUCCCUGAGGUGAAGGGGGCACUUUAAUCUUUCACCAUGGCAUGCUGGGAUGGCUGACUUUCCAGUAAAUGAUGUCUCUCACAAGAUAACAAAAGCAGAGAACUCCUCGACUCUCCAAAUACCCAACUGCAGACUAACAUGGAAGAGACUUUGAAUCAAAAGGAAUGAAAGACCGGUCUGCCAAGGGGAUUACAGUUGAAUGAUUGCACAGGGUCCUUAGAUCUUACAACGGGUGCCGGUCAUUCAUGACUCACUCAUCCUUGCCUUGAAUGAGCUCGGACAUUGGUGCAACAUUGCCUACACUUUACCCUUUUAUCACCAUAUUGGACUGGACCAACAUAGCAUGGGUGUUAUUGAGCAAUACAUCACCUGAAAUGUGGACAGAAAAGCGAAAUGAGACAAUGUGUUUCACACUCUGGAUUUACCAAUGUUUAACCUGGAUUAACCAGCUGAUCAUCUCAACUCUGGAGUCGAUGAUGCAGAUUGGGCAGGUUUGGGUUACAGGGCCCGAAGCGUUAACUCUGCUUUCUCUCUAACUCUGCUUUCUCUCCACAGAUGCUGCCAGAUCUGCUGAGUUUCUCCAGCAAUUUCUCUGAUCUUGUUUCUGAUUGAGCGGGUUGUAUUUAGAAGUGGACCCCAGAUAAAAGCGUCAGUGAAAUCUCUGAUCGGUGCAAGUUCAAAAAGGAGAGCUUUACUCUUCCAUGUUUCCUCAGGUCUUCUACUCACUACAAGAUGAACCUGAACAAUCCCUGAGGAAAACCUACCCACUGUGCAUUAUUCAGGGACUCGAAACAGUUUUUUCUUACACACCGUAACCACAUGACAGGCCACCAGUCGAAAUCUGUCGAAAAAUGUUGACAACCUGUCUGUUCAGGAAUACCUUCUGGGAACUUGUGUGUUACUUAUCAAACUGAGAUCCUGUACAAAAAAGCAUAACUCUCGUCCUUCUCAUAGCAAUAGAUGGCAGAAGAAAGCCCCAUUCAAAACAAACGUUUUGGAAAAGUUGAAUGGAGUUCUGUUAGGUUUGAAAACUGUCUAUGCUGACUACUCAAGUGGGUGGACAGCAUGGGGUACUGGGGGAUUGGAGAGACUAGACCCCACAUUACUGGGCUCUGAACUGAGAUCUAAAAUGGGUUUGAACGUUCUAACUUCAACUCCAUCGGUGAGAGAAGGGUGGGAAAUCAGAGGAAAAUUAAAGCCUCGAAAUUACUGAUGAAAGCAUGAGCAGCAGAGGCCUGGGCUUGUUAGGUUCAUAAAACAAAAACUGGUUAUAGGCUGGUUAAAGCAAACCACUGGGGAAUGUUACACAAACAUAUUUAUUAAAUUUUUAUCUGUCUGAGAUUGGCAACAGGGAACUCUCCUGCCUUCUUUCUUAAAAAUGUCUCGGUGAUUUUCAUUGUCAUUUUUAUGCCGCUUAAAAGUCUGAUGAAAUAAACUAUUAAUUUUGUCAAAGGAAUUGCAGUAGCUCACUGGCUGUCCUCUUGUGCAGCUUGAGGGUGAGGCCCAUUGUCCUCCAGCCUGUUUCUUAUUCUGCCACACCUUUACGAAUCUGGGCUGAGAUUCUUAGAGGGUGUGAGAAAUUAAAAAGAAAGAAGCCUUCAAAUGGGAUGGGACUGGAUUUAAUGCUCUAAAAGGCGUGUCCGAAAUUCCUCUCUCCGAUUGUACGGGGAUGUGGUCACUCCAUUGUUGUUAGUAUUAUUUUGAAAAGGUUUUUAACAUCCCUGUGCUAGAAUGGCAGACCGAGGAAUAGCGGGCAAGCACACAGGGGUGUAUCCUCUGCCCCAGUUCAAGGGGCAAAGUGGAGGUUCUUUAUUCUUUGUAAAGUCAGUCAACUGGAGCCCAGGCUGGUUGGCCUGACCCUAGGGCUGGACCUUGACCUGCAACAUGGACUUCAUAGGUCGGUUGUUGUCAAACCAGACUGACCUGCAAUGCUGACAGAGGGAAAGGCUGCCAUGUCCCAACUUGACAUUUUUUUCCCUCUGACCUUGACCCUAUCAGUGAGUCCACACACUUACAAAAAGUAGGGUGUGUUUGUGUGUGUGUGUGUGUGUGUGUGUGUGUGUGUGUGUGUGUGUGUGUGUGUGUGUGUGUGUGUGAGUGAGAGAUCUCCAGACAGCCAGCAACUUGCUCUCCAAACAGUGGCAAAGUUUCCUCCACAGGGUAAAUAGGGUGAUAAGGGAACUAGUGUUCUGAAUGUACAUAUUUAUUUAUGUGUAAUUUAAUGGGUGAUGUAUAUAAGGUGCAACCUUAAAACCGUUUAUUAAAAAAAUGUUGUUUACCUCUUGUAAAUAGGGUUUAGUCUUCCCAUUUUCUUAUUGUUUUGGAGAAGUAUUUUCCAGUUUAAUGGGUAAUCUAGGAUACAAUUCCUUAUUCAUUCCUGCACAAUUACAAUAAUAAUGAGAAAUGUAAAACAGGGUAUUUAAGCGAUGAGGCGCAGAGUGCCUGGCAGUGAGUUGAAAGCUGUGUUCUUCCUCAACACUCAAUCAACUCCCUGGAAAAAGCAAUAAUUAUUCUGGUGUGAGUUGUAUGGUACUUUCUUUCUGUAAAUAAAGCAAGAGAUUGUUUUAAAAAUGUCUUCUGUCUGUGAAUGGAUGUUUAGAUUCACCCCCUGCCAAGAUGUGGAUUCAGUUGUGUCCUGUAACAUAAUGUCAAUUGAAGAAAAAAAAUUAAAAAAUUGAA